AUUAAGGUAAUACGUCAGUAAAGUAACAGUCACUUAACCAAGGAAAAACAUUCUCUCCAUGCUGUCACUUAUACUCACUAAGAUCAAAAUAUUUUCACAAGAACAUGCUUUUUCUGUUAUGCAAAUUGAGAUGUACAUGCAUCCAUAUACCCCAAUUGUGAGAGCUUUACUACUGCAAAUAGGUAUCAAGAUUGAAAUUUUAUGAAAAAUAGCAUUAUAAAUAGGUUAAAAUUGUUAAUUAUCAUUAAUCUGAAGUUGAGUUUGUAAAAAUUUCUUAAAGAUUCAUAACUGGUUAUAUUUUAACAUUGUAUGACAUUUUUUAUGAGGGACAGUAUAUAUUUUGCUAACUGAUUGAAAAGUGGCAGUGAAAUUUUGAAGAACAGGAAAAUGGAUCAGUAAUGGUUUGUCUUCGAUACUUAAUAAUAAUUCAGGUGACCUUGUUUUAGUGGAAUGAGUUCUAGUAAAUCAGUAUCGAAGAUGAAGAGGUACAUUGAGGAGGACAGGCCACGUAGAUUGAGGACAUAUGUAAAGAAACAUCACAUACAGUUGUGUGACGUAACUUUGAACAAGGGAAGAAAUCUCCUACAUUACUGCUGUAAAUAUGGAUCUGGUGCAACAAUGAAGUACCUGAUAUCCGAGGGUGUGUAUUGUAUAGUACAGGAUAGCAGCAUGAACACACCUCUCCACCUGGCACUUGACCGAGCUCUACGUCUCGAAGAGGAAGGAGAAUCGGCACUUACUACGCAAUGUAAGUACAUGAAGAAUUAUCAUUUAUACAUGUUGCUGGCAGGAGAUAGUUAUACAGAGAUGAUACUUCCAUUGAUUGAACGAUUCCCUGGUUCCCUGGACAUGAGGAAUAAAGCUGGAGAAACUUGUAGAAGUCUGCUUCACACAUUAGUACAGAAGAGGGAAUCAGCUAAAGGAAAUGAGGUGCAUACAGCUUUUACACAUUCAGAAUUUUUUGUUGUCCGAGUAUAUGAUUUUAUGAGUUACGAAACAGAAAAUGAAACUUACAAUGACUGGGCAGAUAGAAUACGGGAGGAAUUUUAUGCGCGCAAACGAGCCCAAAGUCAGCAAUAUCAAAGGACCGAGACUGGCAGGAAAAACUCUAAACGUAAACAUUCCGACAGUGGUCAGCCAGAAGAUGAGGAGUUGAAAAACGCUAGAGCCAAAAUGAGAAAGAAAUAUGAGGAGAAUCGACAAAAGGAUAAAGAGAUGGAUGUUUUGAAGAAGAGAAUGAAAUAUGAGCAACGUUACAGGAAAUUGCUGGAUUGUGAUUCUAUACACAUGUUAGGAUUUGAUGAUAUUCCAUGGCCGUGUACUAAAGGUCAGGAAAAUGAUAUGACAGUUUUGUUCGAGGGAAUGGAUAGAACAGAAGUAGGAUAUAAGAAGUAUUUACGUGAUCAGCAAAUCAGAUGGCAUCCGGAUAAGUUCAUGCAAAGAUUUGGGCAGUAUUUAGACAGUGCUGAUAAAGAUAGAAUUGUACAACGGGUUACAGUUUUAUCUCAGAAUUUGAACAAAUUGGUUACUUAAUAAAAUAGUCACAGCAUUUGUUUUACUUAUCUGUGAUAACUUUUGAUACCAUAUUCUGUUAACGUUUUUGUUUAAGUAUAGACAGAUAUUCUACUUAUUUAACGACUAUGGUUUAUGUAUAUUUAGAUUUUAAUGUCAUCAGUUAAAGAUCAAACUGUGGCUGGUAUGUUGUCCCUUCUGUCUGUCUUCCAACUCACAGAUUUUUAUAGCACCGUUACUUACCACCUAUAGUGAAGCCAAAACAUGUUUAUUCUAUUUAUGUAUUUACAAAGUGACUGUGUGGCAAUUAUCAAUAUUUUCUAAUUUCAAAUUUUAACAUAGUAUACCUUUUUAAAAUUCGACACAUAAAAGUAUUGUU